CAGCGAGUCAGUCUAACCUCCGCCAUUCUAAUCUGCCCCAGGUGAACUGCUAAUAGGUAACGUUGGGUCGUACUUCGGUGGAGGCAGCGGAACAAUGCGUUCCGCACUGGAGUGGCUGCUGCUGAUGUCUGCCGCGAAGCCAGACCUGCAGGGUCGCGUCCAGGCCGAGAUCGACGCCGUGAUCGAGCAGAAGGGCCCGACUGGAAGCAAUCGAGUCUCGUGGAUGGACCGGGCCCGCAUGCCUUACACGCAGGCGUUCAUGUGGGAGACGAUGCGCUGCAAGCCCGUCAACCCACUUAGCCUGAUGAGAAGCGCAAGCAACGACAUUAAUUUGGGCGGCUACUUCAUACCCCGGGGAAGCAUCGUUAUUCCGUCAUUCUGGUCGAUCUUCAACGAACCUUCUUUCUGGGGAGACCCCGAAGUGUUCCGCCCAGAACGCUUUCUGAGUGACGACGGAAAGUCAGCGAAGAAGCCCGAGCGGUUCAUUCCCUUCUCAUGUGGAAAACGCUCGUGUCCCGGGGAGUCCAUUGCCGUCAUGGUGGUGUUCAUCUUCUUCACAAACAUCCUGCAUCAGUUCUCGGUCGAAGCUCCGUCCGAUGGUGUGGCGGCCCUUAAGAACGAAGUGCUGGGCCUUGCGAUGCGACCAGCGCCUCGGGAAUUAGUUUUCAGGCCGCGGGCUUAGCUAAGCCUAGAUAAG